UUCUACAAGCCUCCUCCCUCCCUCUCGCACACGCGCCCAAGCUAGAGCACACCUCGACGCCAUAGCCACAGCAACCAAGCUCAUGCUCCCUCUCCUGAACAUGCAAGCUCCUCCUCCUCCCCCAGAAAGCGGCGGCAAGCAGCAGCAGCAGCACCAGCUGAUGAGGACGGUGUCCAUCUCCGUCCUGGUGAUGUCGCUGCCAGUGCUCUACGUCUCCUUCCUCCACGUCCCGCCGGCCGCCCUCUUCAGGGACACCACCUUCUGGUUCCUCAUGUCCAACUCCAUCAUCAUCGUCAUUGCCGCCGACUCCGGCAUGCUCUUCUUCCGCUCCUCCUCAUCCGCCGCCUCAUGCUCGUCGUCUGACGAUGACGAUGGCGGCAUCGUCCCCUUCGCCGUCUCCGGCGGCGAGCCGGUGGCCGUCAAGAACGGGUACGCGUUGUCGAUGGGCAUCUCUGUCUCCGACGAGGUGGUCGUUCAGAACCAAGAUUUGGUUGUGAUGGAGCAUGGUGACCUGUCGGCGAUCGCCGAGAACGACGACCACGCGUACGCAUUGGUUGCCAGAGAAGACCAAGCAGAACGAGUGGUGGCGAGCACGCCGGAGAGCAGAGACAUUAUCGUAAGCCCGUCCACCGCCGCCGGUGAGUUCGUGCCCGUCAAGAACGUCGACGUCGGGGAAAUCGUGCCAGCAGCGAGGCCAAGAAGGCUGGCGGCGAGCCGGAGCCUCGCUGCGCGGGAGGAGCGGCCGACGACGGCAAGGCGGCGGCGCGGCCACAGGCCGUCGCACUCGCACGCGCUCGUCCCCGUGCAGGACAAGAGCGUGGUGGUGAGCGAGGAGAAGCACCUCCGCCGGGCGGCGACGGACAGGCGGCCAUCGCCGGCGGAGGAGGAGAUCGAAAAGGAGAGCGAGUACUCGAAGCUGUCGGACGAGGAGCUGAACCGGCGCGUGGAGGAGUUCAUCACCAGGUUCAACCGGGAGAUCAGGCUGCAGCUGGAGAAGGAACAAGCGGCCGCCGCCUGACGACGCCCUGACGCCAUGCAAAUCAAUCAAGCUCUCAAAUCCAAGCUCCAUGCCAUGUCCGCGUCGAUGCUGCUAGUUGCUAGGACCUUGGAGAAUUUUUGUUCGCGUGUGUGCUGCGCUUGUACUGGUAGCUGGUAGCUUCUUCUCCGUCCGAUGGCUCCUCUUAAUUCUAGUCCGCUGUUGCAGCAGAGCAGUGAGGUGAGGGAGAGGGACAUGGUGAAAUCAAGCUCCGAGUGAGAUCUGUACAUCAAGAACGGAGACGACGACGACGAUGAGCACUCCAAGAUCGAUCGAGAUCGUACGUGUAGCAGAGGAUCUUCGAUCCUGCACGCACGCGUGCGUGGGAAUAAAUUAAAGAGGAUGCAGAGCAAGAUGUGGAGAGUUGUAUAAUCAAUUAGCUUGGUGGCCGGCUGGUUGCAAGUGUCCUCUGCGUACGUCCUGCUCCAAGAUCGCCUUCGUCCUGUAGCUGUAGCUGUGGGAGGAUGAUCAUAGAGGGGUCGGCCCUGCUGCAAAAACUCUAGCCCUGUUUGAAACGCAAAAAUUUUGGUCUCCCAACUUCUGUAUGGACCGAAUUGUUCCGAGUGAAAAUACUGCAGAAUUCAUUCA